AUGACGACUCCACAUGUAAUAGCCUCCUCCUCGGCCCACCACUCCUCUCAGUCGGGCACCUCCAAUGGCGUCGUUGGCAAUCACUUCCGUGUCGGAAAGAAGAUCGGCGAGGGCUCAUUUGGUGUUGUAUUCGAGGGCACGAAUAUGCUCAACAACCAGCCUGUCGCCAUCAAGUUUGAACCACGCAAGUCGGAAGCACCCCAGCUGCGGGAUGAGUACAGGUCUUACAGGACAUUGAACGGCACCCCCGGCGUCCCUCAGGUCCACUACUUCGGCCAAGAGGGUCUGCACAAUGUUCUCGUCAUCGACUUGCUGGGGCCCAACCUUGAGGACCUGUUCGACAUGUGUGGUCGGAAGUUCAGCAUCAAGACCGUAUGCAUGGCAGCGAAGCAAAUGGUCACCCGCGUGCAGUCCAUCCACGAGAAGUCUCUCAUUUACCGCGACAUCAAACCCGACAAUUUCUUGAUUGGAGUGCCUGGCACUAAGACGGCCAACACCAUUCACAUCAUCGAUUUCGGUAUGGCGAAGCAUUACCGUGAUCCGAAAACCAAGGUGCAUAUUCCUUACCGUGAGCGCAAGUCAUUAUCCGGCACUGCUCGUUAUAUGUCCAUCAACACCCACCUCGGUCGCGAACAAUCUCGUCGAGAUGACCUUGAGUCACUAGGCCAUGUCUUCAUGUAUUUCCUGCGUGGAGGUUUGCCUUGGCAAGGUCUUCGUGCUGCUACGAACAAGCAGAAGUACGAGAAGAUCGGUGAGAAGAAGCAAAGCACUGCUAUCGAGGAGCUUUGCGAGGGGUUCCCUGAGGAGUUCGCUAUCUACAUGAAUUACGUCCGCAAACUCGGCUUCGAGGAGACGCCGGACUACGACUUCCUUCGGGAGCUGUUCACCAAGGUACUGAAAACCCUUGGCGAACCCGAAGACGGCAUCUUCGACUGGAUGCUUCUUAACGGUGGGAAGGGAUGGGAAGCCGGACACACUUCUGCCCUUCUUGCCUCUGCUCAUGGCGGCACUCCGCAUACCCCUCGGGACCGUCAUCGGGGAGAACGGGAUCGCCAUCGCUCGUCACGGAAUGCUCUCCAAGACGGUACUGCGUCACCGUCAUCACCACUUGUUCUGGCGCCAACGCCGGCACACGUCAAGAGCAGCAGCCGCCGGCCUCACGACGCAUCACGCGGUGGCUCUCGCGAGCAAGUCAGUGUGCAGCCCUUGGCACCCACGAGCCGCCGCGCAAGUCAGCAGCAAAUCGCACGUGCAGAGCGCGACAGCGGACUCGUCGCGCCGCACCCGUAUGCUGCACCUGGCAGCUCUGGGGGGUACCGCACAAACGCGUACGGCCGCCAGUCACCACAACCACCCACUGGCGCGCCGAACGGGCAGAACCCGCUCACACACCCGAACAACUCGGAGUCGUUCAUGUAUGGGCAAGCACCGGGCGGGAAGACAGGCACUGGGAGUCGCGAAGGGACCACGACGGCGGGCACGCGACAGGACGGCAUGAACGGGCAGACGAGGAACAUGGGUGUGUACGACCGCGACCAGAUGGCGCGUGUCGGCGAGCAGGAUGAGCACGGGAUGGGGCGGAAGAAGGGCUUCUGGGCCGCGUUCUGCUGUCGAGCAUAA